AUGGCGACGCUGGCUUCGUCUCUGCGUCUGCUGCUGGCUCUGUUGACGGCACAAACGGUGGCCCAGGCUCCGGCAGACCCGCUCGCCAACUUCUGCAGGAGGUAUGGCCACCAGACUGCGGUGAUAGACCGGAAGCUGUACAUUGACGGUGGUUGGCUAUAUGCGAACCCCAUUUCACAGAAUCCCAUCCCCACAAUGAAUGAAGGCCUCCUGUUCUGCGAUUUGAACGAGUCAUACGAAACCAUGCCGCCGGAAUAUGCUAACCUGACCAAGAACUCGUCGGUACCGGACGUUGCAGGAGGCACACUGUGGCAAGAUGAGGUCAACAAGGUCUUCUGGCUGUACGGCGGCGAGUUCGCGACGGCGCCGUCGGCGUUUGAACUUUGGGGUUACGACGUGAUCUUGAACCAGUGGAAUCUGUCGUCCCCGAUCCAAGGGUCGACCGCGCCGAUACAGAGAGUGUCGUACGGGGCCGGGGUAGCGAGCAGUGAUAUUGGCAUGGGCUUCUACUACGGAGGCUAUCUCAAUAACCUGACGAACCCUCUCUGGGAGGGCCCUCCGAUGGCAACGAGCAACCUGAUCAUCUACGACAUGGAUCAAAACACUCUGACCAACAACACUGGGUACGAUAAUAUCGGCCGAGCCGAGGGGAUCAUGGUGUAUAUUCCUGCAUCCAUGUCUGGUCUGCUUGUGUAUUUCGGAGGAGUGAGCUUCCCAUAUGGCAACGAAACUGAGGUCCCGGCGCCCAUGGACACCAUCAUGAUAUACGACAUUUCAGACGGCAAGUAG